UGCUCCUAUGAGAAUAUUUGUCGCUUCUUCGAAAUCACAUGAAUAUUUUGUGUUUUUGUUGCAAAUCUUAUCACUCAAGAUUAGAAAAUGGUUCGAAGCUUCUAUCUAAGAACGGAAAAUUAGACGCAUACUCCAGGUGCUAUCAUGAUUUUUAAUUAUAUCUAAACUUACUCUGUGAUCAGUGGUAGAUCUGAACUAGACCCUAAAGAUUUUAUAAUCACUGACAAGAGCGGUGGUAUAUACGGAAGAGUUUCAGGGGCAAUAAACGGUCAGCAAUUUUUAAUCCAGAACUGUAGGAAUUCUUACAUUUACCUCUUAGAUCACUCAAUGACAAUCACUAUUGAUGACUGUUCAGAUUGUACUAUCGUGACAGGGCCUGUAAAAACUUGUUUUUUCAUAAGAGACUGUCGACGUUGUAUAGUAGCGACUGCAUGUCAACAAUUCCGGUCGAGGGAUUGUCAUGAUACACUUGUUUUCGUGGCUUGUUCAACAGAACCUAUAAUUGAAUCCUGCACAAAUUUUACUUUCGGUCCCUAUCAGUGUAGCUAUCCAGGUUUAGAAGAUCAUUUUGCUGCGUCUGGCCUCAGCAUAUUUAAUUGCAAUUGGUAUGAUAUCUAUGAUUUCACCCCCGAUGAAAAUACUGAUGCUGUUCAUAUUUCACUAAUAAAAACGACUGAUUCAAUAGAUAACCAUAUUUUAACACCACAGAAGGCAUUAGAACAUGAACUUGAAAAUAGUAAACUUGAAAAUGAUGAUGAUUCGAUGUCUCUUUUGCAACCGUUAAUGUCAAUUCCAUUAUCUUUUUCAACUGAUAACUCUGUUGUUCCUUUUACAAUUGGCAAUAAAUUAUCAAAUAUUACAUUAUCUCAAUCUACUAAUCAAAUAAUAGAAAAACAAUUUAAUAAAUCUGCCCUAAUUACAAUAUUUCCACAUGAAUCAGCUAUUCAAUCAGCUAAAAUAAUAUGUAAUUAUUUACGAAAAACUAAUUGUUGUACUAUUGUUCAAACUAGUUGUUCUCAAUAUUCUGAACAUGAAAUUGAACAAAUUUUCAAAUGUAACUCUAAGGUGUUUAAAUCAGGUAAUGUAGUCACAAUCGAAAUUACGGGAACUUCAAACACACUGGAUACACUUAGUGAAGAAAUCAUGUCUAAAACAAAUCUUACCGCAUCUAGUAAAUUAUAUAUUCAGAUCACUACAGAUUCAAUAGAGACAACAAGAAGAAUAAAUUUACUCAACGGACUUCACAGAAUGCAUAUGAACACAUGAUUCUUUAAAUAAUGUAUUUCUCAUAUUAUUGGAUCGACUGAAGCACCAGUUUGCAUUGAUUUAUUUAAAGUACCUUAUUAUAUUGUUCUAAAGGAGAAUCGCUUAUUUGUGUACUUAUUCAUUUUCAGUUAAAAAGUAAAAUUGUAUUUUAUGUAUCGAUAAAUGAAUAAAGCAAACAUAUCGAUUACACUCAACUUAUUUUUCACCUGAAGCAUGAUUAGCUGUAUAGUUUUUGUUUGUUUUUUAAUUGUGAUAAAGAUGGACAUUAGCAACAAUGUUAAAUAAAGACAAGAAUUUCAGUGUCAGUCCCCACUUAUCCACUGGGAGUAAUUAAAACGUAACACAAUAAGAAAAGAAAUGUACUGUGAAAUUUCUUGGUUUAGUUUGCGAUUUUGAUUAUUGUACAUCGUUAACGUUUUUAUAUCAAAUAAGUAUCACUGUUGCACAAUGGAUGUUUUACCAUUUCGUUUGUUAUAAAAGAAUCAAAUAAUUGGUAUUUUAACCAUAUUAGACA